GCGGGGCCGAGUGGGAGCCGGAGCUGGAGUCGGAGCCGGCGGUUGCAGCGGAGGCGGUGAUGUCGGUGCAGGUUGUGUCAGCAGCGGCUACGGCCAAGGUGCCUGAGGUGGAGCUGAGGGAUCUGAGCCCCUCCGAGGCGGAGCCCCAGUUAGGACUGAGCACGGCGGCUGUGAGCGCCAUGGUACCCCCGGCGGGCGGCGGGGACCCAGAGGCUCCAGCUCCAGCUCCGGUAGCGGAGCGGCCCCCGGCCCCUGGCCCGGGCUCGGGGCCCACGGCGGCUCUCAGCCCUGCGGCCGGGAAGGUGCCUCAAGCGUCGGCCAUGAAGCGGAGUGACCCUCAUCACCAGCACCAGCGGCAUCGCGACGGCGGCGAGGCCCUGGUCAGCCCCGACGGCACGGUCACCGAGGCGCCGCGCACGGUCAAGAAGCAGAUCCAGUUUGCUGACCAGAAACAGGAAUUCAACAAGCGUCCUACCAAAAUUGGACGUCGAUCUCUGUCUCGUUCCAUCUCUCAGUCAUCUACUGACAGCUACAGUUCAGCUGCUUCAUAUACAGAUAGCUCUGAUGAUGAGACAUCCCCUCGGGACAAGCAGCAAAAGAACUCUAAGGGAAGUAGUGACUUCUGUGUCAAGAACAUCAAACAGGCGGAGUUUGGACGCAGAGAAAUUGAAAUUGCUGAACAAGAGAUGCCUGCCCUGAUGGCCUUAAGGAAGAGAGCCCAAGGAGAAAAGCCUUUGGCUGGAGCCAAAAUUGUGGGUUGUACGCACAUCACUGCUCAGACCGCUGUGCUUAUGGAAACCCUGGGUGCUCUGGGAGCACAAUGCCGGUGGGCCGCCUGCAACAUCUACUCCACGCUCAAUGAAGUGGCCGCUGCCCUAGCAGAAAGCGGAUUUCCUGUCUUUGCCUGGAAAGGAGAGUCAGAAGACGACUUUUGGUGGUGCAUUGACAGAUGUGUGAAUGUGGAGGGCUGGCAGCCAAACAUGAUACUGGAUGAUGGAGGAGACCUUACUCACUGGAUUUAUAAAAAGUAUCCCAACAUGUUUAAGAAAAUCAAAGGCAUAGUCGAGGAGAGUGUUACUGGAGUCCAUAGGCUGUACCAACUGUCCAAAGCUGGGAAGCUGUGUGUUCCAGCCAUGAAUGUCAAUGACUCGGUCACUAAACAGAAAUUUGAUAACCUCUACUGUUGCCGUGAAUCUAUUCUUGAUGGACUUAAAAGGACAACAGAUAUGAUGUUUGGUGGGAAGCAAGUGGUAGUCUGUGGCUAUGGAGAGGUGGGAAAGGGGUGCUGUGCUGCUCUGAAAGCCAUGGGUUCCAUUGUAUAUGUAACUGAGAUUGACCCCAUCUGUGCCCUGCAAGCCUGUAUGGAUGGAUUCCGACUAGUGAAACUGAAUGAAGUCAUCCGACAAGUGGACAUUGUUAUCACCUGUACAGGUAACAAGAAUGUGGUAACCAGAGAGCACUUGGACCGUAUGAAGAACAGCUGCAUUGUGUGUAACAUGGGACACUCCAACACUGAGAUUGAUGUGGCCAGCCUGCGGACACCAGAACUGACCUGGGAGAGAGUAAGAUCCCAAGUUGACCACGUGAUAUGGCCUGAUGGCAAGAGGAUAGUGCUGCUGGCAGAGGGCCGGCUGCUGAACCUAAGCUGCUCCACAGUGCCUACAUUUGUGCUCUCUAUCACUGCUACCACUCAGGCUCUCGCCUUGAUAGAACUUUACAAUGCUCCUGAGGGUCGCUAUAAGCAAGAUGUGUACCUGUUGCCCAAGAAAAUGGAUGAGUACGUGGCAAGCCUUCACCUGCCCACCUUUGAUGCCCACCUGACAGAGCUGACAGAUGAGCAGGCCAAGUAUCUGGGACUCAACAAGAAUGGGCCCUUCAAACCUAAUUACUACAGGUAUUAAGUUCCUGUAAUGCAAGCCCGAAGACAUUUAAGGAACAGAACCAAGCCUUUAUCCAAGGAAGAACCCAGCAAGCUGCUUCUCCAAUCAGAGCUGCCCGCCGUGCUCAUCCUAUGUGUUAGGUUAUUUAUUUAUUAAAAUCUAGAAUCCUGUGCCUGUAGCCUUGGCCCAGAGUGUGGUUACUACUCCUGGGGCCUGAGAGCCGCAGAGGACAGGCUGAGGAAGGAAAGAAACGGUCGACCAUUCCUAGUGAUGAUUCGCAUCUUUGCCCAUUGAUGGACUCCUCAGUGAUGGCCGUUUUUCUUCCCAGGCUCAGGAGUUAGUUCAGGGAUGCCAGACUCCUUGUUACUUAGGGUUUUCUGGACUAAAUUUUCAGCAGCUGCCUUUCUCCAAGCUUUGGUCCUUUCCCAGAUGAGGCCUUUUGGAAGCCACUGAUCCAACAGGGCCUACAUUCCCAGUCUUGAUAGUUACUGUCACUGCCUUCUUUAUAAAGAGGCUGGUGAGGUGGGAGUGUGCCUGUGUCUGUGCCUACUGGGGUCUCUUUUCUUACCCAGAACUCCUUUCUGUUCCUUGAAUAUUAUAUCCAUUUUAAUGCUUUCUGGUCCUAAAAGGGUGUGCCUCCGUGAUCUUAAUACCUCUGCUGCUGGCCAGGCAUUUGUUUUGCUUUCUAACCCCACCAAACUCUGCUCAGGAAGUAGGGGACCAGCUCCACUGGGACCCAUAGUUUUGCUUCCUUGUCACCCUGGGAAGCCCCCUCUAAUCUGGCACUGUCUCAGAAAAGAGGGGCUUUAUGUGGAUAGUGCUUCCUGAAACUUCUGUUAUUGCCUGAAAUGACUUCUGGAACUGAGUUGGCAAAGAUGUUUGCUAGAGAUUUGGAAGCUUGAGGCUUUGGAAUGGGGUCCAGCUUGGCAUCCUAAAGAAACCAGUCUGUUUGUUUCCAGGAAAGACUCCACAGCCUGGCUGCAGAAGAUGGACGUCUCCGUCAUCUGUACCCAGAGGAUGAAAACUAGUUUGAGGGCUGGAGUAUAGCUCAAUGGCAAAGCCCGUGGCUGGUGCAUAAGGCCCAGGCUCAGUCACUGGGUACUAGGGAAGGAGGUGGGGGACUGGUCUGAACCAAAUCAGACAUUCAUCCCUUUGGCAGUUGCCAUUGGUGAAAGUGAGAUCUGUAAUUUGAUGUCUCAUCUUUCUUUGCUGCUGCUGUAUCUUUAUGAUCUGGCCCUUCUGUUCAAGGAUUCUGUUUCAGAGAGUUUAAGUAACUCCAGCAUAAAACAGCUGGUAAAUAGUGUGAGACUUCUCGGUCCACUCAAGCUUUAGAUUUCCUUUGGAGACAGACUGACUGGUUUCAGGGUUUCCAUUGGAUCAGUCGGUUUCAAAAAUUAAAAACCUGGAGUGACCCUAGGAAUCUUGAGUUAAAUGAGUGCCUCUCAUGGUCCAUCCAAUGUAAAAGUCUCAUGUUUGUUUCUCAUGUAUUUCUUACAUUGUUCUGCUUCAGAGUCUCAAGACCAAGGUCAUUCAGACAGAAGACACACAGAAUCACUAAAACCUUUAUCUAGCUCUUCUCCUCUGCCUCUACCAUCCCCAUCAUCCCUUGUCUUUGUGUAUGCCCUGGAAGCUAGUCUAGAAGUGUCCUUAUUUUUGAAGAUAAGGAAACAGAACUGCUGUAGGUGGCUGUUGGCCUUAUUAGAUGGUAUACAGGCUCAGCCCAGAAGAUGGAUUCUUCACAGGGUAUCAUCUGUCUCUACUCUUUUAUAAGGAAGACCAUAGAGGCUAAAGAUUCCACAAAGUUACUCAGUUCUUUUUGCCUCAUUCUGAUUUUUGUAUUAGUAGCUAAUUGUAUCCCUCUCCCACCUUUAUUUUGUUUUUGUUGUUGGGUUUUGUUGUUGUUCUGAAAUAGUCUCACUCUAUAACCUUGGCUAGCCUCAAACACAUGGCAGUCCUCCUGCCUCCACCUCCUGAGGCAUAUGCUACCAAGCCUGGCUGGCUCUUCAUUGGAUCUCUUUAGCAAAAGAUUCAGCUAUCUGCCUCAUCUUAUGUCCCAGACAGAUUCUGUUAGGCAGGUGUCUGGGCCCCAAAUCAUAACCUGCUGAUUUCCAGCAAAGCCUUGCUCUCUACAGAGCCUCCUAUAGCUGGUACUUACAGAGUGCACUAUGUCAAAACCAGUGAUGAGAUCCAUUGGAAAUAGAAAGGGAGCCACAUGGGUUUCUAAGUUAGGUUGCACUGUGUCUGCCCAUGGUGAGGUAUGUGACUAUGAGUUGCAGAUGGCAUCUAUUCUCUUCUCUUCGGAGACUGUUGCAUCAUCACCAUUAAGAAAGCAACCAGAAGUAGGGAUGUAAGUCAGUGAUAGGACACUUGAUUAGCAUGUGCCCAGCCCUGGGAUGAGUCCCCAGUUCAGGGGGCUUAUAGGGAAUGUGGAAGGAAGAGAGAAGGUAGUCCAGGACUCCUGUCUAGGUUCCGCCCUGUUAGAGCCAAAUCAUUGUUUCCUCUAACCUUGGAAUCAGAGCAAAUCUCUUCUUACUCCAUCUCCUCCUCUUAGAUGCAUCCUAGCUACUAGGAGGCAAGGAAAAGAACACUGAUUGUCCCUAGGUAUGUGGUCCUGGCUGGUGGGGAUACCUACCAUUUAUCUACAAUGAAAUGUGUGCUACUUCAUGGCCUUCUUGCUUUCUUGGUGGAAAUAUUUUUUCCUUUUUCUUGUUAAACAAAAUGCCUCUAGUCUGCCUCCCUUCUGCCCUCUCCCUCCUCACACUCCCCUCCCAUGAGAGCACGGCUCCCCGUGGCCACACACUCCUGCAAAGCUUUUCUGCUGCUUGGCUUUUCUCUGAACAGAUCUGAAAUUGCUGCUCUGUGGUUUCCUCAGAAUUCACUGUCACGGUUUAAAAAAUCAGAAUGCACUGUUGCAUUAAGCUUUUUUAAUAAGAGAAAAUUAUGGAAAGAAAAUAGGUAACACCAGCAAAUUAUAUAUUGACAAGUCUAAACUAUAUAUAUAUAUACAUAUCUAUAUAAAUAAUCAUCUAGUUCUUACUGUCAUCUUACUGAAAGGAACGAGACCUCUAAGGAUCACUAGUUCUGAGAAGCUCUUGGAAAUCUUUAUGUCUAAGUGAUUGUAUUAGAUCAGCAAUAAUGACUAUGUAAUCUCAAAAAAUAAAUAAAAUAUUCUUAAAACUGG